UCUAGAUUUUUAGCAGUCAAAUAGUCUUUUAGUGUAUAAUACAUAAGCUGAUAUAACUUCAUGUACUAUUUCAGAUUGAAGGCCCAGAUUCCAGAUAUUAAGAAAACUUUAGAUAUAAUUGCACACUUGCAGACCAAAAAGAAUUCCAGUGAACCAAUGGAAACUAGGUUUUUAUUGUCAGAUCAGGUCUAUGCUAAAGCUAGAGUUCCGCCUACAGAUAAAGUCUGCUUAUGGUUAGGAGCGAAUGUAAUGUUAGAGUAUAACCUAGAUGAUGCUGAAGCAUUACUUCAGAAAAAUCAGGAAGUGGCCACUAAAAGUUUAAAGCAAGUCGAAGAUGAACUUAGUUAUAUAACAGAGCAAACUACUACUCUAGAAGUUAAUAUGGCUCGUGUAUAUAAUUGGGAUGUAAAACGUCGGCAAGCUGAACAAGCUUCCAAAUCAUCAUAGCAGAUUAUUUAAUACACCUCCCAGUCAGGUUGUACAUAGCAUCUGAACAACUCUUCAAUAUAAUUAACACAAAUUCUAAUGUUUCCAUGGACUCACAGAUGAUAUAAAUUAAAACUUUUAUGGACAAAUGCAGCUUAUACAACUUAAGACCUUUAUGUACAAGUGUAGACGGUACAAAUUCAGACAUUCGAGGACACAAGUUAUGGAGUGUACAUUGUACAAAUUAAGACUUUCUUGGACACAACAAGUUCUGGAUAGUAGAUACAAUUUGAAAUUUUCAUGAGCAACAAAUAACUCAAGUAUAGAUAGUAAAACUUGAACUUUCACGGACAGCAAUUAGCUCUGGAGUGCUGAAAAUUAAUUCUGAUUAAAACAAGGAUUUGGUGUGCCAUCAUCUUACAAAGUUAUGAAAAAUCUGGAUUUUUAGUUUACAUGAAGAGAAUUUGAACUUUAUAAAAACAAUUUAAGGCAUAAUUUCAAUAAAAAGAUAAAAAAAACUAACCUUGGAUCAUAAAAAAACUCCUCAAACCCAGAUAAUCAAUUUGCUUUAUUAAUAUGGACAUAUUCACGGCCGGACUCUUAUGUGUUCAUGGACUAAGGGAGUAUAUAAAAUUGAACACUAUCUUAUUUAAGUCAUAAUAAACUUUCGCUUUAUAUGCAUUCAGAAUUUCUGAAAUCAUUUGCUAAUCAAUGACAGGGCUGAAUUGUGUUCUUAUUUUUUUCAUAAUGGAUAAGCUCUGCUUUUUGUUACUCAGUUGUGUGUGUGUGCGUUUGUGACAUUUUUUGUAAUUAAAAAAUUAACUGUAUUGCUUUAUAACAGAAAUUACCAUUUAUGUGCUAUCCCUUAUUUUAAUGCUGAGAAGUUUUGAAACAAGCCUCAUUUUCAGUUUUGUUUUCAGUUUUGCAGAUAUGUAAUAUAAGAAGAUAAUUGACUUAAAGGAAAUAAAACCCAAUAUAACUUAUUAAAUGAAAUGAAUUCUGAUAUCCUUAUUAUAAACAUAUAGAGCUAUACUAGAUAGUUGCCAUCAUCUGGAAAGUUAAGGGGAUUAUUGUAAAGCCUAAAGACACCCUUCAGCAUUCUUAGAUCAAAAUUUGUCAGCCCAUUGUGCACAGUAUUUCAUCUGAUUUGUUAAAGGAACAUUUUAUCAAAAUUAGAAUAAAAAAUUUCAUAUCCCAUUAAACUGUUAUUGUAAUCAAUGGUUAAUUAACUAGAAAAAUAAAGUUUUCUUUAUACCACUUAGGGGUUUAAAACUUUUUUUAUAAUUUAUCAAUUUUUUUUAAAGAAUAAAGUUCCAAAGCUUUUAACCCUUAACCUGGUUAAACUGGGAAUGGUUACCUUUUACCACCAGUAUAGAGCCAGGCCAGCCUGCACAUCCAGUUAGUCUGACCAGGUUUUAUACUGUUGGCUGACCAACCUCAAAUUUUUAUCUUGAUAUCAAGAAAAUUGAUAAUGGACAGUUCAAAAAAAAGAAAGGCAGACAAUACCAUGGAAGAAAUUUACCAGGUUAAGGGUCAAAGAUUAUGCAGUUUAUGAACUGUUUGUUAAAAAUAGGAUAAGAAUUAUUUUUGUCUGUGAUGUAAUAAUUGGAUAACUACAUGUAGUUAGUAACAUAUCGCUUUCAAAUUAUGUCUUAAUUAUUGUCAAUCCAAAAGUGUCUCAUUAAUAAAUGGAAAUCUUUGACAGAA